ACGGGUAGGGGAGAGGAGAGGAGAGGAGAGAAGAGAAGAGAAGAGAGGAGGCCCGUGUGUAAAUGUGUAUUGUGAGUCUGUGAGCGAUAUCAUAUCAUAUGCAGCAAAGAGGGAGAACUAAUAACCGAAGAUCAAGGAGCUUCACGAGGUCUCGUCUUGCCAUAGAGGGCUCUUAAGUUAUUACAUCUUCGCACACAUACACAAUUCACCCAACCUAUUUCAUUCUUCUUCUCCCCUUCAAUUCCAUUUCCAUUCUGUGUCUGCCGGCCAUGGCUUCAGGUAUGGACGAGCGUGAAGUUCAGAAAACCUACUGGAUCGAGCAUUCGGCUGAUCUAUCGGUGGAGGCCAUGAUGCUCGAUUCCAAUGCUUCCGAUCUCGACAAGGAGGAGAGACCUGAGGUACUGUCCCUGCUACCAGCUUAUGAAGGAAAGUCAGUUUUAGAGCUUGGAGCAGGUAUUGGAAGAUUUACUGGUGAAUUGGCUGAGAAAGCUGGUCAGUUGGUUGCUCUGGACUUUAUUGAGAGUGCAAUAAAGAAGAAUGAAAGCAUUAAUGGACACCACAAGAAUGUGAAGUUCAUGUGUGCUGACGUCACAUCUCCAGACUUGCAUAUCUCUGAAGGAUCGGUUGAUGUGAUAUUCUCAAAUUGGUUGCUUAUGUACCUUUCAGACAAUGAGGUUGAGUGUUUAGCAGCGAGGAUGAUAAAAUGGUUAAAAGAUGAUGGAUGUAUAUUUUUCAGAGAAUCUUGUUUCCACCAAUCUGGAGAUUCAAAGAGAAAAUACAACCCUACUCACUACAGGGAGCCCAGAUAUUACACAAAGGUAUUUAAAGAAUGCUGCAUGAGUGAUAAUACUGGGAAUUCCUUUGAACUUUCUCUUGUGGGAUGUAAAUGCAUCGGAGCUUAUGUUCGGAAUAAGAAGAAUCAAAACCAGAUUUGCUGGAUAUGGCAGAAAGUUAGGUCACAUGAUGAUAAGGGGUUCCAGCGAUUCUUGGAUAGAGUUGAGUAUAGCAAUGAAAGUAUUUUGCGAUAUGAGCAUGUGUAUGGCAAAGGCUUUGUGAGUGUCGGAGGACUUGAAACUACAAAAGAAUUAGUGGCAAAGUUGGGACUAAAGCCUGGACACAAAGUUCUGGAUGUUGGUUGUGGUGUUGGUGGAAGUGACUUUUAUAUGGCUAAAAAUUUUGAUGUUGAGGUUGUUGGCAUUGACUUCUCCAUAAAUAUGAUUUCUCUUGCUAUUGAACGCGCUAUUGGACUCAAAUACCCCGUUGAAUUCGAAUGUGCCGAUUGCACUAGAAAAACAUAUCCAGUGAACACAUUUGAUAUAAUCUACAGUCGUGAUGCUCUGUUGCACAUUAAAGAUAAACCAACACUAUUUAAAUCAUUUCACAAGUGGCUGAAGCCGGGUGGUAUACUUCUAAUUACUGAUUACUGCAAAAAUGCUGAAAAUCCAUCAGUAGAAUUCGCUGAUUACAUUGAAAGAGGCGGAUAUCAUCUCCAUGACAUUAAAACGUAUGAGCAGAUGCUCGAGAAUGCUGGAUUCGUUAAUGUCAUUGCUGAGGAUCGAACUAAUCUGUUUGUGGAAACACUGCAGAAGGAGUUAAAUGACCUUGAGAAAAAGAAGAAUGAAUUCGUUGAUGACUUAAGCGAGGAAUACUACAAUGAAACUGUUAAAAGGUGGAAGGGAAAACUGAACAGGGGUGAAUCUGGAGAGCAGAAGUGGGGCUUCUUCAUUGCGAAGAAAGAGUGAUGUGAUGAAUUUUUCUUUUUCCUAAUGCCUUCUAGCUCAUAUAUUGUGUACCGUAUCAACACGGUUUUCCGGAUAAUAGUUUGAAUAAUUAUUAGUUAUUUGUAUAACUGGACAAAAAUUAUGUAUUAUGCUGUUGAGACUUAAGAACAAAUAGAGAGAGUCUGCUCAUGGAGUUGAAUAUUAUUAUUAUUA